AUGGAUCCCUUCCGACACUCUGAGGAGGAGGAAAAGGCGGCCAUCAACGACGAGAGCCGCCAAGUGCAGCACGUGGCCUCGCCCUCGUCCGCGUCCGCUCGCGAGCACCCGCCGCUCGCUGCCAAGGCCUCGGACGAUGAGCUCCCCGGCACCCAGCGGCGCGGCCUGGUGAUGCCCGCGCUGACCGACACCGACGUUGCGACCACGACAAAGUCUGAAAUCUGGGCCUGGUACACGUACUAUAUUGGCGCCAACGGGCUCGCCCUCUUCAACUUUGGCCCGACGGCCUUUCAGAACCUGCUGAGCCAGGCCGCCGGCGGCGACACGGGCCUGCUGCGCUUCGCCGGUGCCGACCGCGACGUCAACAGCAUCGUCCUCCUCGCCAACGGCAUCUCCUUUGCCCUGCAGGCUGUCCUCUUCCUCGUCAUUGGCGCCUGGGCCGACUUUGGCACCGGCCGCCGCUGGGUCCUCGUUGUCUGGUCGCUCGUCGCCUACGCCAUUGGCUUCGCCUGGCUCGCCGUCCACGACCCGGCCAAGUGGCAGAUUGCGGCCGGCCUGUACAUUGUCGGCCUGAUUGCGUACCAGCUCACGCUAACGUACUGGACCGCCGCGUUUCCGUCGCUGGCCCGCAACACGCCGUGGAUCAAGGACUCGCGCACCGCCUACGAGAAUGACGAGAUUACCCUCAAGGAAAUGGACCGGCGCGACGAGCUGGAGCGCAGUCGACUGAGCAACGUCGGCUUCUAUGUCCAGUCGGUGGGCGAAAUCUUCAUCCUUGCCGUCAUUGUCGGCAUCAUGUAUGCUGUGCAUGUGCGCCGGAGCACUGAGGACAACAAUUGGGGCCUCUCGGUGCUCAUUGCCUUUGCCACUGGUGUCUGGUUGCUGCUCUCACUGCCCUGGUUCCUCAUGGAAAAGACGCGUCCGGGCAUGAAGAUUCCACCCGGACUCAACAUUGUCACCGUCGGCUUCUGGCAGCUGUACGAAGCGGCCAGUCAGAUGUGGCAGCUGAAGCAGAGUCUCAUCUUCCUCGCGGGCUAUUUUCUGCUCGGUGAUUCUCUCAACACCACCGUCACGGUCAUCUCCACGCUGCAAAACCAAGUCAUUGCGUACGAUACCCUGAAGCUCACCUAUCUACUCAUCGUCGGCAUUGCUGCGCAAGCUGUCGGCAUUGGUAUGUUCUGGCUGAUUCAAAAGCGCAUGAACCUCAGCGCCAAGACCAUGUUCAACGGCGUCAUGGUGUCCAUCUUGCUGCUCGAUGGCUGGGGCAUGAUUGGCAACUGGACCGGCAGAUUCGGCUUCAAAAACGAGUGGGAAAUCUGGCUCUACCAGGCCUUUUACGGCCUGGUCGUCUGCCCCUGGUACAGCUACUCGCAGAUUAUGAUUUCGUCCGUCACGCCGCGCGGCCACGAGUUUCUCUUCUUCUCCAUCUUCAACAUUAUUGGCAAGGCCUCGAGCUUCAUCGGACCGCUGAUCAGCAGCCGCAUCAUUGACGCCUCGCCGGGCGGCACGAACAAUAGCGCGCCGUUUUACUUCUUGUUCGCCCUGAGUCUGCUCAGCGCCGUUGGGCUGUGGGUGUUUCUCGAUCUCGAAAAGAGCGCGCGCGAGCAGGAAGUGUUUUUAGCCCAGGAAAAGGCCAGGAUGGUUGACGAUGGUAGCGAUGUUGCGGCGGCGUGA